CCCCAGUCCGUCCGGCGGCCUGCACGCUCCUACCCUACCGGCAGCCGCCAUGGCCGACAGCCCUGUGUUGGAGCUGUUGCUGCGGCGGCUGGAGGCGGUUGAUGGCGGCCUGGACAGCGCGGAGUUGGCUGCUCAGCUGGGCGUGGAGCACCAGGUGGUGGUGGGCGCGGUGAAGAGCCUGCAGGCUCUGGGUGAGGUCAUUGAGGCUGAGCUUCGUUCCACCAAGUGCUGGGAGCUGACUGCUGAGGGAGAGGAGAUUGCCCGGGAGGGCAGCCAUGAGGCCCGUGUGUUUAGAAGCAUCCCUCUCGAGGGCCUGGUGCAGAGUGAGCUCAUGCGGCUGCCCAGUGGCAAGGUGGGCUUCAGCAAGGCCAUGUCCAACAAGUGGAUCCGAGUGGACAAGAGUGCGGCCGACGGGCCCCGGGUGUUCCAAGUGGUGGACAGUAUAGAGGAUGAAGUACAGAGGCGGUUGCAGCUGGUCCAGGCAGGCCAGGCUGAGAAACUGGCUGAGAAGGAAAGGAAUGAGCUCCGGAAGAGGAAGCUGUUGACUGAAGUGAUCCUAAAAACAUACUGGGUAAGCAAGGGCAAGGCCUUCAGCACAAGUGUGUCCAAGCAGGAGGCAGAGCUGAGCCCAGAGAUGAUUUCCAGCGGCUCCUGGAGGGACCGGCCCUUUAAGCCCUAUAACUUCUCUGCCCGAGGGGUGCUCCCAGACAGUGGCCACCUGCACCCAUUGCUCAAGGUCCGCUCCCAGUUCCGGCAGAUCUUCCUGGAGAUGGGGUUCACUGAGAUGCCCACGGACAACUUCAUUGAGAGCUCCUUCUGGAAUUUUGAUGCACUUUUCCAACCUCAGCAGCACCCAGCACGUGACCAACAUGACACAUUCUUCCUGAAAGAUCCCGCUGAGGCCCUGCAGCUACCAAUGGAUUACGUCCAGCGGGUGAAACGGACCCACUCCCAGGGCGGCUAUGGCUCACAGGGUUACAAGUAUACCUGGAAGCUAGAAGAGGCCCGGAAAAACCUGCUUCGCACACACACCACAUCAGCCAGCGCCCGCAUCCUCUACAGCUUAGCCCAGAAGAAGCCGUUCACACCAGCCAAGUACUUCUCCAUUGAUCGUGUGUUCCGGAAUGAGACACUGGACGCCACACACCUGGCUGAGUUCCACCAGAUUGAGGGUGUGAUCGCUGACCAUGGGCUGACCCUGGGCCACCUCAUGGGUGUGCUGAGGGAGUUCUUCUCUAAGCUGGGAAUCACCCAGUUGCGCUUCAAACCAGCCUACAACCCCUACACAGAGCCCAGCAUGGAAGUGUUCAGCUACCACCAAGGUCUAAAGAAGUGGGUAGAAGUCGGCAACUCUGGGGUCUUCCGCCCUGAGAUGCUCCUGCCCAUGGGACUCCCUGAGAAUGUGUCUGUUAUUGCUUGGGGUCUCUCCCUGGAGCGGCCAACAAUGAUCAAAUAUGGCAUCAAUAACAUCCGAGAGCUGGUGGGCCACAGGGUGAACCUGCAGAUGGUAUAUGACAGCCCUGUGUGCCGCCUGGACACUGAGCCCAGGUCUCUACAGACACAGGAGGCUGCAUGAUACAGGUUGCCCCAGAGAGCCCUGUCCUGUCCCUGUGCAUCCCUCAGCGGUGACCUCUAAUAUUUGUGAGGCCUCUGUGAGGCCAGCUCACCCCCUCUGCCUCACCCACCCAGGGGCAGGGUCCUGAGUGCAGGAAGCAGGUUUUUUGUGCUGGUCUCUAGUGGUGCAUGUAGUGUGCCUCUAAGGGUGGGUCUGGGCCCUGCGGGUCGGCUCUUGUCUAAUAAAGUGGGCACUUUCCCCA